AUGAAUCGCUGGCACCAAGUCAGCUGCCGAGAACCUGACGUUCAAGUCUUGCCAGACAAGACAAUCCGCUGCCUUUCCUGUCAUCAAACCCCUCAUACGACCCAAAUCGUCGCGGAGAGGGCCACAGUCAGCUCGGUUCCUCUCGUGCCACCAGACAAACCUCUAGGACAGCUGAAGCUUUGGUGGCCGCGAUCCGUGCCCUACUCGGUGUCGACCCUGCUGGCAAGUGACGAUGCAGGUACUGGCCAAGAUGAUAUGGAUGUGGAUCAGACUUCGGAAGCGGCCUUAACGUCAGAGCCGUACCCGUCGACUCUCGGGCCAAACGAGCUCCGCCUCAUCUGCAUCGAAGCUGCCCCUUCUCCCGGCUAUCCACUACACCUAAGCUUGGAGGUCUACGACUUGGACAACUGUCCGGAAUACGAAGCCGUGUCAUAUACAUGGGCUGGCGAGGAUGGUGAAAACACGCUCUCCAAGCCCAUAUACGUGGGCCCAUUCUGGGACUGUUUAGUUCAGACAAAGAAUUGCUGGGAGAUGCUGCGCUUCGUACGGCCAUGGCGCGGCAUUCGGAUGCUCUGGGUCGACGCCAUCUGCAUUAACCAGAACAACAUCCCGGAACGAAGCAGCCAAGUUGCCAACAUGGAUCGUAUCUACUCUUCUUGCAGUCGUGUCGUCGUCUAUCUUGGACCUGACCUAGCCACCCUGCUUCAUGGGAGGCAUGCUCGUCGUGGGAGGCUGCACGAGCCGGAGACAGGUGUCAUCAAGCCUGUAUUCCCUGCUCAAACGCAGCAACCUCAACCCUAUCGGCUUGAAGAUCUUCUAAGUCGGCGGUACUUUUCCCGGAUCUGGGUCGUUCAAGAAUUACUCCUGUCCAAAGGAGCCAUCAUACGGGUCGGCGACGUCGACUUCUGGGCCGAUGCUUCCAUGUCGAGUCGCCUCUCUUCGAGCAUGCCAACUUGGACAUGGGGUCAAACACACGCUGCAUGGGCACAAUACAUAUCGCAGGGUGCUUCAAGUAUUGGGGAUCUGAAGGAGCUGCUUCAGGUUACGGCCCUCUCUCUGGCAACUGACCCCCGGGAUCGAAUUAUUGGGCUUCUUGGUAUCAUGCCCGAGCUAUCGGUUUUGAGCGACCCGCCAACUUCGGAUUCUAACGCUCCUCCCUUACAGCUUGGAGGUAUUCAAGCCGACUACACACUGUCCUGUCAACACAUAUUCAUCGGACUGUUUGGAUAUUGUAUCCUUAACCUACGGCGGCCAGAUAUCCUCAACCAUGCGUCGUCCGUCUUCCCCGUACCCGACUACCCGUCAUGGGUACCUAACUGGACUUCCCCAGAAACCUGGAGAUUGCUAUUUCAAUCACCAAAGGCUGAUGACGAGCGAAUACUCAGUCUGAUUCGAGAUAGAAUACCCCCAGAGUCUGCAGAUCUGUCAGACACAUCAGAGUCCGAGGAUGACGAAGAUCCCGUUCGGUUUCACGACCUUGAGGGCCCCGCUCAUGCCUACGUCCAAGCAGAACGACGGUGGAAUCAGAAUGCUAGCAUCGAUACCUCCACUGGAGCAUUGUCCAUCAACUUGACACACUGCAUGCCGCUAUCUGGACUCCUUGGGAAAAUUGAAGAGGCGAACGGCUUCUUCCUUUUCUCCCUUGACGCCGAACCCUGA